GCGACCAGUCACGCUCAAAGCUUUCGCUGGGGUUGUGUUGCCUUGUGGGGUGGGACUGAAUCUUGUUUUCAGCAGUUCCUUCAACGUUCAGUUUCUAACAAGAAAGAGUCAACGAAACGUUGUGUGUGUGUGUGUGUGUGUGCUGGCUUCUAACUCACCAGUUCUCAUUGUCAGAACAAGUCCGAAACAGAAUGAAGAACAGAUCCAACGGCCUCGUGAUGCACACCGCCCUGCUCCCCGACUCCCUAGCUUGCCCCUGUCACGGUGUGUCCGCACUCACUGUGCCUCCUUUUCUCGACCCCUGGGGUCGCCUCAAGCUCGUGGAAUCCUGGUCUCACGGAGACGAAGUUAUCGCACUGUCAUCGGAACCAACCUCAAUGGUUGCCACAGAACCAGUUCUGCCUAAAGACCCACGUCACUGGACACGUGAGCACGUAGCCUUGUGGUUGCAAUACAUGACGUCACGCCAUCGUCUACCUGCAGUGCAGUUAGAUCGCUUCCUCAUGAAUGGCAAGGCUUUGUGCCUGAUGAACAUAGAAAUGUUUGUUCGACGUGUUCCCCUCGGGGGUAAGCUACUUUACAAGGAUUUCCAGCUCAGGUUGAGCAGCGCCCUCUAUUGUUGAUAUUUAUUAAGAGGAAAAUAUAUGUAAGGCGUACGAAAUUGUAUCGUGGAGCUAGUCAUUUGAUGUGUGAUAUUCUGUCGUUCACCAUUACGUUAUUUAUUCAUUACGUCUGUAACUAACCGGUAAUUUGGUUUCAGACGCGCUACAGAACUAAGCCUGAAAUUAACACGUCAUAGGACACCAUCGAGUAGUUGUCCAGGGUGUGAAUUUCGCGAAGUUUGUUUACCAGAAAUGUCCUCAAUUAGUGUUAGUUGUGAAUUAUUAUUGUAUGUACCUUAAAAUCAGGAAUUGUUUACUGCUAGAAUCUUGUGUAUCUUCCUGUUGUAUCAUGUACUAAGUUACUAAUAAACUCAACAGAACAUUUUGUUUUGAAUGUAA